CCCAGAUGUGAGCUGUAUGUGUGUCGUGGUGUUGGGGUUGCGUUGAGAGGUACAGAGUUCGAAGAACUCGGUUCCUUGCUGGGAACCUCGCAAUCUGGUCGACGCGGCCCGGCGACGGAAGGGUGCAGCACGGGAUCUCGACGAGGAGGCGCCAGAGAGCAAGGCCAGGCCAGGGAGAGGGAAGGGGAGGGGAAGGGGAAGGGGACGGGAACACAAGGGCAGAGGAAGCCGGGACGGUGUGGUCGUGUCACCCAAGGCGAGGAGAAGGCGAAGCCGAAGGCGAGAGAGGGAAAGAGAGAGAGAGAGGAGAGGGAGGGAAAGAAAGGCUCUGGCGGAGGAGGAAGAAGAGGAAAGGAGAUUCGGCUGCAUUUCGGCGGGGGCGAAUUCGAGCAGCGAGGAUAGCUAGGGGUUGCGGAGGAGCGAAUGCACGAGGGAGCGGGGGUUGCUGCUGGACUCUGGUGCUGGUGCUGGUGGUGCUGCAGCGAGGCCUUCUCUGCUGGACGGGAGCGGUCGGAUAAUCUCGGCGCGGAGCGGGGAGCUAGGUUUUAAGGGGAGGAGUAUCGCAGAGCUUCGAUCUCGAGGUGCAGAUUUUCACUGCUCUGCUUCGAGCCGCUUAUGGGGUAUGCUACGCCGGUUGCUUGAUGUCCAGAAGGUAGGAUGUCGGGACGCAUGGAACUACACAGCUUGCUUCGUCCAUGUGCGCCACCUUCAGUCUAUUCCCAGCUCUCUCAGUGGGACUUCCAGGGAGGCUCACAAUAGCUUUCUCAGCCUGUCCAAAGUCGUUGAACGAGUGCCGCUAAGCUCACGAAAUACAGCAGCGUACGUGGCAUAUCCUUCUGCCAAUCUGGCUCAAAAAAUAGGAAAGUCGAUUCGGCGGCCAGGUGUGAUGUCCAAGGCCCGAGUUUAUGCAGAUGUUAACGUGCAGCGGCCCAAGGAAUAUUGGGACUACGAAGCUCUGAUAGUUCAAUGGGGUGAUCAGGAAGAUUACGAAGUGGUCCGUAAGGUUGGACGCGGCAAGUACAGUGAAGUUUUUGAAGGCAUCAAUUCCGAAAACAAUGAGCGCUGCAUCAUCAAGAUUUUGAAGCCUGUAAAAAAGAAGAAGAUAAAGCGAGAAAUUAAGAUUCUUCAAAAUCUUUGUGGAGGACCAAACAUUGUGAAGCUUCUGGAUAUAGUUCGCGAUCAGCAGUCUAAAACUCCCAGCCUGGUAUUUGAGUACGUGAACAAUACAGACUUCAAAGUCCUGUAUCCCACUUUGACGGAUUAUGACAUUCGUUAUUAUAUUCUGGAGCUUCUCAAGGCGCUUGAUUACUGCCAUUCCCAAGGAAUUAUGCACAGAGACGUCAAGCCUCACAACGUGAUGAUUGACCAUGAGCAGCGGAAGCUUCGACUUAUUGACUGGGGUCUUGCUGAAUUUUAUCAUCCUAGCAAAGAGUACAAUGUCCGAGUAGCAUCAAGGUACUUUAAAGGCCCCGAGCUUCUUGUGGACCUACAAGACUAUGAUUACUCUUUGGACAUGUGGAGUCUGGGUUGCAUGUUUGCGGGAAUGAUCUUUCGGAAAGAGCCUUUUUUCUACGGGCAUGACAACCAUGAUCAGUUGGUCAAGAUUGCUAAGGUCUUGGGUACAGAUGAGUUGAAUAUGUACCUGAAUAAGUACCGGUUGGAACUUGAUCCUCACUUGGAGGCACUUGUAGGAAGGCAUAGUAGAAAGCCGUGGUCGAAAUUUAUGAAUAAUGACAAUCAGCAUUUGGUGCUUCCGGAGGCGGUUGACUUUUUGGAUAAGCUUCUUCGGUAUGACCAUCAGGAACGGUUAACUGCCAGAGAAGCAAUGCUACAUCCUUACUUCAAUCCCGUCCGAGCAGUGGAGGCAAACAACCGUAAUCGGAUCCUGUAAAUGUUCGAGGCUGAUCAGUAUUGGGCGAUGUUGAUGCUUCUUGAACAAUGUCACUCUUUAUGCGGUUAUUGUGAGUGCAGUAGAUAGGGAGUUACUGGUUGGUACCUGAAGCGGCUUGAUGAAGUUAGUACCACUGCGGUUAAUAUGUAGCCUUUUGUGUCUCUACCUCAUUGUCACCAUAUCUAAGGGGAGCAGGAGUGGACGCCUGUGGAAAGUUUUCUUUCAGCAUAUCGGGAGACAGAGUUUGGGGGGUUUUAAACUCGAUGUAGCUGAUAGCAUAUUAUUUCGGCUUCUUUGUGGACAUAUGUCAUUCUAUUUGGGAUGUCAGAUCAUAAGCUCGAGUGCCUUUCUGAUUUGACAAGCUGGUUGAUUGGGCUAUUAAGAUCAUAUGAGUACCUUGGGUUAGUCAAAAUGAUGCCGAGAUUUCUUCACAUGUGAAGAUAGCCAUCCGUCUUCUGCGUGAACAUUUUGAGCUGUAUGCUUUCGUAGUAAACUUCAGUCGUUCGUU